AUGCUGCCUCAAGCUGUUGGAAAGAUCCCGUUUGAUGUCAAUUCAAUGAACAUUGAUCUCAUGUCUAUCAGUGGUCACAAGUUGUAUGGCCCUCAAGGUAUCGGUGCCCUUUAUGUACGUCGUCGACCAAGGGUUCGGUUAGAAGCACAGCAAAGUGGGGGUGGACAGGAACGUGGGUUACGAUCUGGUACUCUUCCCACAGCUUUAGUUGUUGGUUUAGGAGAAGCAUGUCGCGUAGCGAGCGAAGAAAUGAAGGAUGAUCAUGAACACAUUUCAAUGUUAAGCAAACGUUUAGUCGAUGGUAUCACAUCACAGAUCCAGCAUGUUACUCUAAAUGGUGACCCAGUUCAACGUUAUCCAGGCUGCAUCAACUUCAGUUUCGCAUAUGUGGAAGGUGAAAGUUUACUCAUGGCUGUAAAGGAUAUUGCCCUAUCAUCUGGCAGUGCAUGUACAUCGGCUUCAUUGGAACCAUCCUAUGUCUUACGAGCGAUUGGAGCUGAAGAGGAUCUAGCUCAUUCCAGUAUUCGAUUUGGCAUCGGUAGAUUUACUACUGAAGAAGAGGUUGAUUUUACAAUAGCUGAAGUGGUGAAACACGUUAAACGACUGCGUGAAAUGAGCCCUCUAUGGGAGAUGGUAUCAGAAGGCAUCGAUAUAAAGUCUAUUCAAUGGACACAACAUUGA